AUCCAUGAUUGAACUGCUACCAGGAAUGAACACGGGAGUGAGAGUUCGGGAUUAACUGGUCAUAAGCCUUCGCUUCAUGCCAACCCCUUUGCAAAAAUUGGAGCUGUCGAGCUGUCAACGGAAGAGGCCAAACUCCAUCCUCUCCUUGUUGGUGCUGCUGUUGCUGUUGUGGCUUGUUGUUCCUGUCGUCGUUAUCAAGGUCAUCGUCAUCACCUUGCAUCUCAUCUGUGCAUCAUCCAAGCGAGAGCUCAAGGACCUCGAAAAGGAGUCUUCAGCUAGCUAGAUAGAUCGAUAGUCUUUUAGGAACGAGAUACCCUUCCCACACUCUUUCUUCAACAAGUCUUGUUUCUACCAAACGCUACAACCAUAGCAUCAUGUCAGACCUAAACUCCAGAAUCGAGGCGGCAAAGGCAGAGGUCGAAAAUCUGGCCAAACAAAUUCAAAAGACACAAAAUGGCAAACGCGAUCAGGGACUCGGAGCGGUCGCUCGAACCAAGGCACAAAACCCGGCACCCAUUCGAAAUCCACCCACCACCAAAAUGCGUCGAUGUCUCAAGGGACACUUUGGGAAAGUCACCGCCAUGCAUUGGGGAGGAGAUUCACGUCAUCUCGUCAGUGCUGGACAAGAUGGAAAUCUACUCAUUUGGAAUGCCGUCACGUCCAACAAAGUUCAGGCCAUUACGCUCAAGUCAUCCUACGUGAUGAGUGUCGGAUACGAACAAACCAAGGGAGAACUGGUAGCCUGCGGAGGACUCGACAAUCUCUGUACCGUAUACAAACUAUCCAGUCCCGAUCAAGCCAUGGAAAUGGCAUCACACGAUGGACUCAUCACUUGCUGUCGAUUCCUAGAUGAUACCAAGAUUCUCACGUCCAGUGGAGACUCCACUUGCAUUCGCUGGGAUAUCGCACGAGGUACCGUUCUAGAUACAUUUGCCGGACACAAGGAACACAUCAACUUUAUGAGUCUCAGUCCCACCGAUAAAAAUGUAUUCGUGUCCUCCAGUGUCGACAAAACGGCCAAGGUAUGGGAUAUCCGAGCUUCCAAAUCCUGCGUGCAAACAUUCAUGGGACAUACCGGUGAUGUCAAUGGCGUCGACUUUAUGCCCGCCGAUGGAAACUGCUUUGCCACAUGCACUGAAGAUGGAGGUAUUCGUAUCUUUGAUAUGAGAGCCUACAACGAACUCUCAUUGUUCAAGGUCAAUCUCGGUGGAGCCGGGGCCAAUAACGAUCCCGGUGUCGCCGAAGACAAACUCACAUCACUCGCAUUUAGCAAGUCGGGACGCAUCCUUUUCGUGGGACAUUCCGAUGGAUCCGUAUUAGCCUUUGAUGUCAUGGCCGAACGAGCGACACCCGCAUUCACCAUGGCCGGAGCGCACGAACGACAUAUUGCCUCUUUGGGGGUUUCGCCAUCCGGAGAAGCACUUUGUACUGGAUCCUGGGACACUACUCUCAAGGUCUGGGCGUAGACGCUAGACUUUUUAUCCUUCCUGCCCCCUUUUUCGUGUUUUGGUUGUCAGUCACUCCAGUGGUCCAGUAAAUAAUUGUCUAGAUAAUGUGUCGAUGAUUCGUCCUUCAGCGGCCGAGGACAAACUCGUUUGUCGGAUGGCUUGCAAUCAUCGGGUGUGUGGAGGAAACACACGUGUAACAUCACAAAUGCAAUGCAACGCAAUCAUCUGUAUCCAUCCGACCAAGCCUAGGUCUAGCUUGCGCAAUCUAGGCAAACGCCAGGGCUUGUCGCCCUCAGUUUGUGGAAAAGAUUCGAACAGGUCUUUCCGUCUGGAUGUUCUUUCUUGCCUACUUUUUCAACUUAUCAUUCAGUCAAUCAACUUUAUUAUUUAGAAACAAACCAAACAUAUCUAGUCAGGCCUUGCGCCACAGCCAUACAUGGACA